GCUGUGAGAUCAGCAUCACACUCACUACCAGCACGGAAGCCUCCAUGGAAGGGCAGUGAACACUGAGGAUAUCACAAGGAGCCCCCUCGCCAGCUGACUACCUUUGAGGCUGAAAUCUGUCAGAAAAGACAAACUUUUCCAGGCUGUUGGAAGAGCACACAAUGCAUGACCACCUUUCCAUGAAGCCAAGCUUGGAGAUGUAACAGCUAAUCCCACCACAGGCAUGGUAGAAGAAAUCCAACAAGGUUCUGGUGUUUCUCCAGGAACAAGCAUGGGGUCUCAGCAGUGUAUCCAGAGCCCAGCCUGCUGACUGAUGCUCCUCCCAACAGCUUUUGAAACUGUGACCACAACAGGCUGUUUGAACUGUGGUGUGAGAGAGUCUGAAAAAUUCCCCAGGCAACUAUAUGCAGGUACUAGCCACAGAGUUGACAAGGAGAGCUUUUAAAGCACGAUGAAAUUCAGCACAGGCGCUGCACCCAGCAGAGGAAACUCCGGCCAUCUGGAGACAAGGAUGACCAGCAGCCACAGCAGUUUGAAAAAUUGCAAGGGCUGCCAAAAUUAAACUGUGAAGUCAGGCGGGAAGGCAACCAAUGACCGGUGAGAUCAGAAGUUCAGAGAAGCCCCAGAUGAGCUCCCAACAACAAGUGUGGCCAGCGCACACCAAAGUUUAUUAAGGAUGUUGAGAGGAGGGGAAAAUAUCCGUGCAGAAGAUGCCCAGCUGGCGAGGAGGGAGUGGUGGUGAUGCUCAUGUCACUUGAUGAAUCCCAUUGGCCAAGUCCCCAGGAGAUCCCACCCAUUCGCAAGUGUAAAAUAAAUCUCUAAAGUUGUACCUCGUGUACCACUUGACCUUAUUGCUUUUAGCCUGCUGGCUUUAUAACUAUUUAUUUAUUUUAUUUUGGUUUGUCCCCAAAGAGGGGCUCAAAAGGAAAUGAAUUUUGAACCAGCACCUUUCACCACCUUGCAGUACUACCCCGAUCCCUGCAUCCAGCGGUUUGUAGAAACUCCGAGCCCCUUCUCCUGGAAGGAGAGUUACUACCGAUCAGCCAUGUCCCAGGGCUCACAGCCAAGGGAAUUCCUCAGCCCAGAGGUAAUCCAGCAUCUCUGGGACUUCCUGGAACAGCCAAUAUGCUCAGUUCAGCCAAUUGAUUUAAACUUCAUCGAUGGCCCAUCUGAAAAUGGCUCUACAAACAAAAUUGAGAUUAGCAUGGACUGCGUCCGGGUGCAGGACACGGAGCUCAAUGACCCAAUGUGGCCGCAGUACACAAACCUGGGGCUCCUGAACAGCAUGGACCAGCAGAUCCAGAAUGGCUCUUCCUCCACCAGCCCUUACAACACGGAGCACGCACAGAACAGCGUCACGGCCCCCUCGCCUUAUGCCCAGCCCAGCUCGACUUUUGACGCUCUCUCGCCCUCCCCAGCCAUCCCUUCCAACACAGACUACCCAGGACCUCACAGCUUUGAUGUAUCAUUUCAGCAGUCCAGCACAGCAAAGUCAGCAACAUGGACGUAUUCCACCGAACUGAAAAAGCUGUACUGCCAGAUUGCCAAGACAUGUCCCAUCCAGAUCAAAGUGAUGACCCCACCACCUCAGGGAGCUGUCAUCAGGGCUAUGCCAGUCUACAAGAAAGCUGAACAUGUCACUGAAGUGGUCAAACGCUGCCCGAACCACGAGCUGAGCCGGGAGUUCAACGAGGGGCAGAUUGCACCUCCCAGCCACCUGAUCAGGGUGGAAGGGAACAGCCAUGCCCAGUAUGUAGAAGACCCCAUCACCGGCAGGCAGAGUGUGCUGGUCCCCUACGAGCCGCCCCAGGUUGGUACUGAGUUCACCACAGUCUUGUACAACUUCAUGUGUAACAGUAGCUGCGUUGGAGGGAUGAACCGUCGCCCAAUCCUUAUCAUUGUGACUCUGGAAACAAGAGACGGGCAAGUCUUGGGCCGCCGGUGUUUCGAAGCCCGUAUUUGCGCUUGCCCAGGCAGAGACCGCAAAGCAGACGAGGACAGCAUCCGCAAGCAGCAAGUCUCUGACAGCACAAAGAAUGGUGAUGGUACGAAGCGCCCGUUUCGACAAGGAACUCACGGCAUACAGAUGACAUCUAUCAAAAAGAGACGUUCCCCAGAUGAUGAGCUCUUAUACUUGCCAGUGAGGGGACGGGAGACGUAUGAAAUGCUACUAAAGAUCAAAGAGUCCCUGGAGCUGAUGCAGUACCUUCCCCAGCACACGAUUGAGACCUACCGGCAGCAGCAGCAACAGCAGCACCAGCACUUGCUCCAGAAGCAUCUCCUUUCGGCCUGCUUCAGGAAUGAACUCACGGACUCAAGGAGAGACCCUCCCAAACAGACUGAUGCCAUCCUAAAACAUUCCAGCCCCCCAAACCCAUCAGUAUAUCCAUAAACCAAGCUGGCAGAGUCACUUUGCCCAGCUGGUGGGACUAGGAACAGUGGGGCAAAUGCACAGCCUGAUAGCAGCAGAGUGAAUAGUGAGAGUAAUCUUCUGAAGGGACUCAAACUUUACAAAAACAACAGACACAUCUACAGACCUCUUAGCUGUAGCCCAUAGCAUUGGGAGGUCAGGAACCAUGUUGUCUGUCUUGGUGUAACUUUUUUCCUGUUUUUGUAAUGUGUCAAUACUCUUUCUUCUUACUUCUGUAUUUGUGAAACUCAGCAGGGUUUCUCUGAGCAGGUCUCAAUUUUAAAACUCCUUUUGUCUUGUUUAAGUUAAAAAACAUGUUCAUGGGCUGGGGGGACAGAAGCGGGGGAUGUGUGUUUAAAUGGUCUGUGAUAGUCAAUUUGGCCUGUUUAAUGCUGGUCAUGCACUAAUGGUGCAAGCAGCUGACGUAUUUGUACUGCUGGACAGGGAGAGGUAAUAAUUAUAUGAAUUGACACUGCUAAGAAAUCACUUUUUUUCCACUGAUUUAGCAUCAUGAAUUUUCCCCCUUAUUUUCAGCCUUAAGAAGGGUCUGAUCUAAAAUACAUCGAAAUUGUAAGGAGGACUGGGUGACUUUGACUUUGCACCAGCCCUGCUGGCAUUGAUCCAGCUUUACUGAACUUAGGAAGGUCCCUUCUGAGUCUGUGAGCUCGGUCCAAGUGGUGGACUGAGCUGCACAAGUUGAAUGUGAGGUUGAAGUGUAUUGACAUCCAUGUAUGCUCAAUGUCCCUGUCUCUUUGCAACUGAGGGUGUAAAGAGCAGUGUCCAAAACUGUUCACUGCCCUACCUGUGAAAAGGGGUCAGGGUUUAGCCCCUUUCCUUACAGAUGUUCAGCAGUUAUUAGAUGUCACCAUAGUGUUUUCAUCAACCCUGCUAUCUUUUAUCCUUUCUCUCCAAAUCUCAUAGUUCAAAGGAAAGCAGUGCCAGCAUAUGUUGCAGUUUGACUCAGCCAAGUGGCCUCAGGCCAUGCCCACCUUGUCCAUUAAUUCUGCAGCCAGAGGAUUUUGCAAAUUGUGUCCAUGAUGUGCAUCUGGGUUUAGGAAAUCCUGCACAGAGGACUGUUUCUCAGCAAGGACUUGUAAAUUCCCACUGCUUCUGUCAAACUCUUAUCUCUGAAAGCCAGUUGUACGGGGCUUGACAAGGAGGGUUUCAAGUCAUUUGGAAAUUUCUUUUCUAAGUAUCAAGCCCAGACUAUCACAAUAGAGGAACAAUCAACAGGCAAGUAAUGUGUCAUGGAAUUAACCUGUCAAUGCUGAGCAUGGCACCAGGUGUGGAUACUGGCAAUGAGGGAGGAGCUAGUUGAGAGUGAGCAUUUUGCCUGCUGUGGCUCUUCCUUCUGAGAGGUGCUCAGAUAUCUUUACAUGAAGAACAGCCCCUAAUGCUGGUAAGGAAGUGUCCAUCAAACCACACUUUCAGGCAGUGGCAUUGCUUCUGAGGAACCCUCCAAUGUUCACAGCAGCAAGAAACAGAAAUGUGAAGAAGUUCCUGAGGGUGCUGUCUCACCAGAUCAGCAGUGGCUGGGGAGCAGAGCUCAUUUGCAAAUGCCAGUGAUGAACAGCUCCUGAGAAACACAGGAGGCUGUAUCAAUACUGGUGGGGACCUGUGUGCCCUGCAGUGCUGUCUGUGCUGGAUUUAUUUGGGGCAGGUGCAUACCCAGCACUGACAAACUUGUCAGCACAGCCUGAAGAGAAGGUGCCUCCCAAAUGCAGAGCGGGCCUCCUGGCCCACCCACUAACGAAAGAAAGCCUGAUACACUGGGAGAAGACUCUUAUCUCUGAACAUCAUAUCAUCUGCUUCCAGGCAGCAGAGCUGUGAUCUGAGCAGGUGAUGACUUGUACUAACAUCUCCUUUGAGAGUCAUAUCCCAUCUCUGGAUAUCUCCUUCAUUGUCUUAGCAAGACUUGUUCUGCCAUAGGAGUGUGGAGGAAGGCUGAUGGAAAAAAGCCCCCAAAAUUGUGAUUAAUAUAUAAAUAAUAACUAAUUAAACCCCAGCAGUGACUAUUUCAUAUAAUUGCAACUCUACCAUCAUUCCUUGUGUAAAGAUAAUCAAAAUCAAGUGCCUCUUUACUUUGCCUGUAAAUUCCAGGAAAUUCUUUAAGAUCACAAAGCAGGUAACUAUUAUUUUGUGCCUUUUUAUAUGGGAGAAGAAGGGCAGUAAUUCCUUUCCCUAUGAGAGAUGGGAUCUCAACUCUAAAUGCAGCCCAGUUGUACAAUCAUGCUUGGCACUGUUGUCUGUCCUUCCAAUGAAGGUUUAUUCCUGGAUCUUGUUCUUGUCUGCUUGUGGAUGGCAAUAUGAAAACACUGUGACAGGGAAACACUAAUCUGUAUCUAGAGCUCUGCUCCAGGGCCUGUCUACCAGCGAGUUUGAGGAGGCAGCCCACCAGAAGAUACAAGGCAUCCACAGCCUGCUCUGGGAAAUUCCAGUUUGGGCUCCAGUUCAUCAUUUGAUCUUACCUCUAGGAAAUCUCUUGUACCGUGAUGGGCAAUACAGCAUCUCGGACUUCCAGUAAACAAGAAUAUAAAUUAUUUGGAUCCUGUUGUUCUCUGUAAAGGCUUUCCAAUUUGUCCUACUUUAGCUAUAAGAGGAUGAUGAUUGUGAAACUAAUCUUAAUGGUGACUUGAUUUGCUCUCCAGCUACAAGGUGCUUAGAAGGUGCUAUUUUUUUCUUUUAAUGAAAUACCUGGAGCUGAAAGCAAUUUUAGUUGCUUUGUAGUCUGUCCUCUGCAGAUAAAAUGAAAACUUUUUCCCAAUUGUCUUUUCAUUGCUUUUUUACCAUCUCUGAGGCUUCAGGAAAGUAAGCUUUUUCCUUUCAAGGAAUAACUAAGUGGACUAAAUGGGCCUUAUCAGUCAGUCAGGUCAUAUCAGUCUGUGUCAACUGGUUGAUGUAUAUCCACUCCCUGUAUUACAGCUCCAUUCCCUGGAGAGCAGAUUGCAUCCACUGCCUGCCUUGGGAAAUUCCCAUACCUGAAAUCCAAGGGGAGUUAUUAUCACCACCCCUGUCCCUUUAGGUGCUGUCUGCCUGCAGGAGCUCCUCCUUUCCAUGCUUCCAGUUAGUUACCAAGCCUACAAACCACUGGUGUGGUUAAAAAGAUGCACUGUUCAUUGCUCUUUGGGAUGUGGGGAGCAAGGGCAUCUCUCUACUUUUUAGUGUCCUGCUUCAUGGGCUUUCAAAGCAGAUGAGUGCAACUGAGCAUCAUCUGUGUCACUUGUGUGCUGUUACUAGACUACAUCAGUGACACCCCUGUGUUAUGCAGCCCAGUGGGAAAACUUGCUUUUAAAGAACAUUGCCAAUGGGCACGUUGACCUUAUGUGAACUUGGGAUGUGACCUUGCAGUGGCUCCUGUAAGGGAAGGCAGACACAGACCUGGACAGAUUUGAUUCUACUGGUGUGUUUCUGCAUCGUGGCUGGCUCUGGGUCUUCAGGGGCAGCAAACUGUAGGCACAGGGGCUUGGGUGAAAUCUUAAACUCUAAGCCUGAGCUGCCCUAUUCUUGUAGCUAAUGAACCUUUGCUGUCAUUUGCAUUAAGGCUGCUUACAGGGCAGUGUGCUUCUCUAGUCAGUAAGGACUCUGGGACUCACCUACUCAAUCAGGUAAUUGGUCUACCCAAACAGUUAACUACCUCUGGUGAAGGGCUGGUAUCCAGUGAGUUGGGAAAGUGUAGAGUUAUACAAGGUAACCUGUGAACUGAACUUAGUUCAUAUAUGGGAGAAGAAGGAAGUUCCUUCCUGACCUUUUGAGAUGAUCAGUAUAUGCCUUGAAGCAUGAGAGACAAUUGCCCUCAUAUGAGCUUGCAUAACUACAGAUGUUAUUUGCUAAAUAAUUACAUAGCCUCUUGAAGAGAGAAAAAUCAGUUGCAGAAUGUGACUCAGUGCCUUUUGUAUCAGACUGUUCCAAGAAGUAUAAUAGCCUCUUAAUUGAAGUCUUUAUACCUUGAUAUUAAAAUGCAUUUCGUUGGCAUUGAUAUCAAAGAAAUGUUAAUGCUUCUACUUCUAAUCUUUCUUGAGACAUAGUAAGUACAAUUUUAAUGAAAAUCACUGUGCAUGACAUUCUUAUAUCUGUUUCAAAAAGAAAAUGAGAAAAAAAGCAAUAUAUUUUAAAUGAAUCCUCAAACACCAUGUAGUCCUUGUGCUUAAUACCAAAAACAUUUUCUUGUGUUUCUAAGGCUGUUGCUAUAUUGAUGUGUGACAUUAAUUUUCAAUAAAAUUUUGCAUCUUGGUUUAUCUUGCAACUUUUCUUUGGCUAGAUGGCUUUCUCUAGGCCUUUUAAACAUCUGCUUAUGUGAUGGAAUAACUUAGUUGAAACUAGUAUGGGUACAAAGAAAAAUGCUUUUGUUUCCUGUAUUUUAUUCACUUGAGCUUGAUUGUCUUCAACUUGACUCUUAUGAGUAUGAAUGAGAUAAGAAUGGAGUCCCUAAGCUAUAUGUUGGAAGUAUGCAUUUGUUUUCUAAAUUGUUUACUAAAGCUUUGGGUUGGUUUGCUUUUCUUUUUUCUUUUAUCCCCAGAGUAUUUGGUAGCCUCUUAACUAGCUUUGCUGAGAUUACUGUUGGUGGUGGAGAGGGCAGAUAUAGAGCCACUACUGACCUCAAACAAUGCAACCCAAUCUCUGUGUGAAAUUCUUUGUUGAUUUGCUUUGGAAUUUCACUGUGUACGUGGUGACCUCCUCACUUGCAUAUCAUGCAGAUUUUGCUGUAAGAGACUUUUCAGAUGUGUAUUAAUUUCAGCUGAAGCUCAGUUAAGAUGGGUGCCUGAACCUGUAAAGUGGAAAUACUCACUGGUCCUAAAUCCAGAAGCCUUUUAGGCUAAGGGUGGUGUCAACCUGACUUGAAUUUCAUGACUGGUCUCAACUUCAUAAUUAGGGAAUUGAAACCUCAGAUCUGAAUCAUUCCCUUCACUCUGAAAAGUUGGGUCUGAACUUCAUGGCUCAGUUUCACUUCCCCUUGGGAGUUGCUGCCAUUGUUAAUAUUAAUUUGUGAAGCUUCUUGUGCUUUCCACUUCCUUGAGUCUAUGAAGUUUGCUGGAUCUUGUCCUGCAUCUUCACUGCCAAAGGACAGUUCACACCCUUCUGUACCUCCUGUAAUUGUGUAAUUAGGUAACAUUUCUUCAGGGCCUUAGAUACUCUAGCCUGUUAGCAUAGAUGUUUUCUCCACCCAACACUCCAAGUCUUGAAAGUACAGAAGCUGGAGACAAUGUAAUUGUAUGGAACUUGACCUUGAGUGCUGAAGGUUUUAAUAAAUUAUCUAGGAAUAAGCCUUUUCUUUCCUUUUACACUUUGCUUAUUUGAAGUAAUAACUAUUCUAUUUGCAUAGAAGAAAAGCCAGUUCCCAGGAAUUGGUAUAACCAGUUAUACCCAGAUGAACAAGUUUCCCAAUGGGAAAUAAGAUGGGAAUGUGCCCUUCCCCAUUCACCAUGGGGUCACUGUGAUAUGAGUGCCAGGCUCUGUGGUGAGCUGGGCAACCUCUGCUCUGCAGGAACACCACAGCUUGUUGAGGGUGUUUGUGCUUGGGAAGCAGGAACAUUUCCCGAGCCUUUGCCCAGUCCCGCAAAUGCCCCUGGUGAGAGAGAGAAAAACUUGCUCCCUUGUAGCAUGGCAGUGCUCUGCCAAUUCUACUGUUGGACCAGCUUUAAUGAUAAUUUUCUGCAUAUCCCACAUAAGACCCCACUCCAAAUGGGAUGCCACAGCCGUAACUCGAUCUGGGAACUGGGCUGCUGUUCAGAAGCAGUCUGGUCUUCACAUUCUGGAUCACUUACACAGCUGGGACCCUCAGGGCUGGGCACUGGGAGCUUGCCAGCAAGCCUCUCUGGCCCAGUUCACGAGUAUGGUGGAUGGAGUUUGGGGCUGGAUGGACUUGAGGGAGGGUAAUGCUGUUGUUGAGUGGUAGUAGGAACCUGAUACUCUUUGUAAGCAGCCUGCAGGGUUUGGAUACCAAGUUUUCCUUAACACCAGCAAAAGCUGUUUGUUGGCAUCCCAGGCAGCUCUGUCCAUCUCAGCAGUGGGCCCUAAGGUGUAUGGAAUCUGUCUUGAGCAAAGAGCUUCUGGCUGUUAAAUAUGCACCUGAUAACAACCUGAUCAUAUGAAUAACUAUGAAUUUUGGAGAAACCAAGGUGAUAAAUGCCACCUGAUCUGAGAAUUGCUUCUGCAGUCAGGUGUCAGGGGUAGUUCGAAUGGUUUGAGAUGGCUUCCUCGGUUCUUUUUCUUAUGAAAAAAGUUUUUGAACACAAAGAAAGCUUAACUUAAAAAUACACUUUGAAUUUUGGUAGCUGGUUGCUGGCUUUGCAUAUAUCCUUUUCAACUGAAAAACUUUCAUAGACACUCUACUUUUAGUUCAAACUUUUUAUUUAAGUAAAAACUUUACCUUUUUGGUAUUCACUUUUUUUUUUUUUUAAAUAAGUGACAAGAACACCUGGGAAACUUCUUGUCCUGUUGACUCACUCUCCAGUGAUCUUUAUCUGCGAUGAUCCCAUGGUGUCAGUGAUUUCACUAUAGUAGGUCAUGUAGCCCCUUGGAUGCACAUUCUUAACAACCAACGGUUGUGAUUCCUGUCCUAACUUCUCCUUGGU